GUAGUGAUGCUCAUAUAGAUGAUGUUGGCAAAAAAAUGUUUAAAAUGGAGGAUAGUGAUGAAGAUGUGUGAUAUCAGUGGAUUCCAUGUGUGAAAAGAAAUGAAGUACUAAACAGUAUGUUGCUUCAUAUAUUUUAUAUAAACAUUAGCAGUGUUUCUCACUUUGUAGUAUGGCAGAGUGGCCUAUAACUGCAUUUUUAGCCAACAUGUCAUGGCAUACUAGUGUGCCUUGAAGGCUUCUCAGGGUAAUUGCUAAUACAUAACCUGAAAUAAUUAUAUAUGAAGCUCUGACCAGACAUGGGCAAAAAUUUGGGUUAAAGAGUUUUCAUUGCCUCUAGAAUGAUCCAAGGCCUACAAGGUAAAAAUGUUGAUGUUCUAUUAACUUUGUGUUUGGAGUGCUAUGUUCUUGAGUGAAAGGUGAAUGUGUCUAGCAAGAGUACUAACAGUUAGGUUGCCCAUGACUGAAGCACUAAAUUUUUAAAAUAGUGGUAUAUAUUUUGGUGCAUGUUUUGUCUUUUGUUAUGUUAGUUUUUCAUAUGACCUUAUGUGGGUGCUGCAAAAUUAUGUAUUUAGUAAUUAAAUAUUUUUAAACUAUUGUGAGUAGUACACAUAGUUAACUGAAAGACUUGUAUUGAGAAGUGUUCCAAGUUUUUUAGAGACACAGUAAUCAAAAAACAACUCCUCAGUGAAAGUAUAAUGUAUAUCCGAAAACUAUGGAAUUUGUUAUUUAUGAAAUCUAAGCAAGGAAACUAAUCUAAGCAAGCAAUCUAAGCUAAAGUCAAAAUAACAAAACAAGUCAGUGUUCUACAUUAAAUAAGGAAGUAGAUUAAUCUAUAUUUACUUCAUACAGUAUGUGGCAUGCAAUAAGUUUUCCUUUUCAUUUACUGUGCACAGUAUCUAGAUUUUUUUAGUUUUCUUAGAGAAUUAGAUAGGUAAUAUGUAAUAUACAAUAAUAUACAAAAUAAUUAGGUUUGAAUUAAAGCUUCAAGAAACUUACUCUAAGGUUUUUUUCCAUAAGGAUCAAUUUAAAAUGUAUUCAUCGUUGUUAUUUUCUCUAUUUUAAUGUUGUAUUUUAUUUAUUUAAAUUAGACUAAGAACAGGUAAACAAACCAGAAAUUAAGCUACGCUAUGGAAUGAAUUAGGUAACUAUUAUUUUCAUAAGACCACUAGACUCUGUGAACAUUGGGUCUUCUUUCUCUGAGAGUUAUGAGUUACAAAGCAUUUUAAGAUCUUGAAUCAACCACCCAUUAUAACUUGCAUUCAAAGACCUAUAAGAGCAUAUGUGAUUUGUAUAUCUGUCUACAUUUACAUAGAUAGUGAUAUACAGUGAGAGCUGUUCAAAUGGCCAACUCAAUUAACUGGUCUCCUCCUUUAACAGCCCUUUUUUCAUGGAACUGAGGUGUGGGUUUUUUCCUUUCUUUUUUCAAAAGACACGUGUAAAUAUUCCCUGUUUUAAGUAAUCACCUGGUCAGCAGCCAGAUACAUUUUGUGGCUUAACAUGAAUUAGAUGGUCAUUAAUCUGUUGAUGAAUUUGUGAUUUUUAUCCAUCAUGCUACAAGAAGCAGAAGUCUGGUGGAGUUCACUAUUGAAUCAGUUAACUCUCUACAUUUAGGCUCACAUCAGAUUACUGAGAUCAGUAAUAUUUAGAGUUGCUUAUCUCGUGAAGGCAUUAAUUUGUUUCACAUAACACUAAAUGGUUUUUCAUGCAUGCUCUGGAAUGUCUUCAGGUGUGAAUCGCUACUCCAAAUCUGGCAAGGAAUGAAGUCCAUGGAUGGUAAGGACCAUCCAAUGGUAUUUAAAAAAAAAGCUGGGAAUUGAAAGAUUUUGUGUAAGAGUUCAUUAGCUCAUUUGUCGUGCGAGCAAAAAACGUUUCUGGUAUUUUGUACUUUAUGUGCAUUGAACACCAAAGCUUUCUUAACUCAAUUGCAAACGGCAAAAUUAAACUGGAUAUUCCUAUACACUAAUCAACUCCAUUCAGCAUCCACUUGUGCUAACUGCCAAUUUCCUCUGGUCUGUUUUCUUUCUAAUUUUCUCCAGAGCCAAUGAUGACUGCUUAAGACAGGUCUUGCUUUUAUAUAUCAUGACAUUCCUGAAUAUAGACAAGUUUGGUCAAUGUAAAUCUGUCCUGACCUCAUGCAUCAUGGAUCUACUAAACCCUCCAAAUUACAUCUUUAAGCUUUAUCUGGGCACCCAAUAUGUCGUCCACUGUGAGCUCUUUUUUGCCAACAUAUACAAUGAAUUUAGCAUUCUAGCUCAUCUACUAAUAUAUCCGGUUGGGAUAAUGUUUGAUUGAUUUUGAAGAAGUUCUUUGUUGCUAUGUUUCACUUGUUACUUCUUGUUUCUGUAACUUAAUUUUAGAAACAAGGAGGCAAUCUUAUUUCAGAUUUAGAGAUUCAUUCAGGGAUAUUGAGGAUCAUUCUAUACGCUUUUACUUCUGGAGUUGUCAGUCAGCAAUAAUUUCAAAAACAAAUUUUGAUUUCUUAUGUAGAUUGUUGAAAUAUGCACCGAUUUGCAUGCCACAUAUUGUUUUGGAUUUUUUAAAAGUAGAUUAUUGAUAUUCUGUCAUGGUAUCAUGAUAUCGGGUAAUUAAAAAUAUCUUGGAAAAAUAUUACAUGCUGUCAAUGAAGUAGUAGCAGUGAAAAUACUGAUCAUAUACGGUCAUCAUUGCAACUACUAUAAGUGAUAACUUUUUAUAUUUUUAUAACUGUUACAUUACCUUCUUAAGAUGCUUUGACAGAAAAGUGUUGAUAUUUUUGAAUUGGAAUUGCAGCCAUACUUCACAUUUUUUACAAAAAUCCAAACUCUGGAUUAUUUUAGAUGACAGAAACUAUGUAUAGCCUUGUUGUAUUCCACAUUAGAGUUCAAAACAAUAAUGACCUUUGUGGUUAUUUAUUGCCUUUAACUCAGUUUCUCAACAGCUGGACCAUUGUCCUGGAAUAUAUGAACCUGUGUGUUUCUGUAUACAUAAAUGCAUAUACACACAUACAACGAUAUGUUAUGAACUUAAUUGAAGCUAAGUUUGCCCUUUCAUGAAUAUAAGAGUUUAAGGGUAUAUUCUAAAAUACCCAUAGAUAGCAAGUCAUAGAUAAUUUCAUUAAGGUGUUUCUAGGUAGAUACAGUUAUUAGAUACAACUAAUAUAAUAAUAUACUAAAAUAAAAAUAAAUAAUACUUGUGAUAACAGUGAAUCUUCAGAUUCCAGUUGCACCAGGAAAGACUUCAGAUAUCUGAAAUGUGGUUUGUAUACAUUAAUGAAUACUGACAUGAUUUGUCUGUCGAAGUAAUAAAUUUGUAGGGGGAUUUUUUCAUAAAAAUUUAUUUUUGAAACAUAACAUCUUUCAUCAUGGUGCAAUAAAGAGGUCCUGUGUGGUCAUUGAAAAAAUGCAUGUAAUUCCAUUGUUGUCUGAUAUAUUUUUAUAUCUAGUAAAACAUUAAUAAAAAACUGUAUUAGUGCAUCAGUAGUUUUCCAAUGUACUCUCAUAAAUCUUAUUGUAUUCUUGUAUUCACAAAAGGGCUGUAUGCACACAUGCAAUUUUAAGGGAAAAUAGCAUUUUUGAAAGAGUCGAGAAAGCUCAGUCCAAAAAUCAAGUGAAAAUGAACAUCAUAUCUUUUUCUACAUUAUCCCAAUGAAGCAACAUGUUGCAAUAUUUCACGAGUGGCCUCAGUGGUUAAUUUGUCAACCUGCUGAAUAUUUGUAUGGUAGUUUUAUUAUUAAGACAAAUAUGCUCGUAAUGAUCAAGCUAUAAUAUGUACUACAUUUUAAAUGAAAAAAUUGUAAUGAUUAAUGUGAAUUAAGCAAGUUGUAUGAUGCAAAGAAAUAAUUUCCAGGACCGUGGUCUUGCCGAAAUGGAGAACCACCGAUAUAAAUUUGUCUGGUGGUAGUGCUCUCUUACAGAAUUCAAAUAUAUGAUGGUAAACAUUUUGUUUCAAGAAUUUGAUUUGUAGAACAGUGCAACUGAUUGAUUGGUUGAGUGAAAAGAAAUUGAGCCAUUUCAUUUUGGUAUAUAAAUGAAGGAUGUUAAAGUAUACUUAGAAUUCUCCUUGUCAUUUGUUGUCAUUAUGCUUUGUGAUAACACUACAUUAAUUUCUUGGUUUGUUUAUCUAAUGCUGUACAUUUAUAUUUCUAUCACAGCUAAAACUUCAGAACAAGGUGUGGUUGUGCUACCUUAACCACUUUAGGUUAUGUAAGUCUUAAUGCUUGAAACAGUCAUGUUUUGUAUAAGCUGAUUUCAUGCUCAUUGAAUUCAUGGUGUGUGCUAUUAUGUUUAUACGUGCCAAAGAAAAUUGUCCUCAGUCAUGGUCCUCUCAUGUAUGUUUUUGUGUCAUUUUUUUCCUCUCCCUCUCUCAUCCUUUCUCCCCCUUUCCUCUCACCAUCCUAUCCUUACCCGAUCUCAUUCCCUCUUCCUUGAACCCUCUUUUUUUUUGUAUCACUCAAUCUUCUCUAAUCUUCAUUUUCCUUCCUCUCUUCUAUCCGUAUAUUGGGUUUUGUGCCAUUCGAUUUAUGAUUUCUGUGUGUGAAGCAUUGUUUUAAAAUAAUUUGAUCUUCAAAGUAUUGGUAACAAAACUCACUGUUGCAUAAUUUUAAUUUUGGAAAGCGCUUUGUUAUUUGUAUAAUCUCCUAAGAAUUACCUUUCAUAUUUUGCCAUGGUUUACUUCUGCACACAUAAUUUGUUGUGUUACAAUAUAAUAGCAUAUAUCAUCAUAAUUUUGUGCCUCUCAAAUGAACUAAUCAUUGUGGAGUCUCAGAAUUUGAUUAUAGUAAGCUAUGAAACUGUGACAAUUAUAGAACUAAAGAGCUGGAACGCAUUUUUCCUUAACAAAACGAGUGUAAAUAAUAGAAAUAAUUGUUACAUAAUUAGUCCCCAAUUAAUUCUGUAUUAUAUUUAAAAAUUACUGCUAGACAAAGACAAUUGUGAUAGCAAAGAAGGUCAAAGAAUAACUUUCAAAACGUACUUUCCUAAUUAGAACUUUUAUGUCAGGAUGACUUAUAUAUGUCCUGGUUUAUUGAACAAAUGCCGAAGUGCAUAAAUGGUGCUCCUUGUUAAAUAUAUUUCCUAAAUACUUAUAAAUAUUCAGUAAUCAACUCUAAUUACAAAAUCAGAAAUGAUCAGUGUAUAGGUUUUCAGUGCAAGACUUUUACAAGUAUUUUAUACUCGUGGGUUUGCUUUCAAACUGCGUGUGGCGUAUGCUAAUUUUUAGCAUUAGUGCUCCUAAGUCAUACAAUUUUUAAUUUUCAAGGAAUAAAUUCCAGCACCUCUGAGAUAAAAUAUAUAAAUAUAUAAAUAAAUAAAUAAUAGGUUCCACAUGUUCUCAGUCAAGUAGGUCAAAAUUCAAUUCUGAUGUUGAAUUGAUGCUUAACAUAAAAGUAAAUGCAUUGCCUUUUGAAUUUUAUUAGAAUACUUUCGAAAAUUCUGGUUUUAUGUCUUAAGCAAUCGGUUAAUAUCAUGCAGUACAGAUUAUUAAUCACAAAAGUGUUGUGGGAACAUUAAUUCAAAGUAAGUUAUUGAGUUUUUAUUGAUGUAGAACUAUGACAAAAAGAAUAAAAUCUACACUACAUAAAACACAUAAAUAUUUUUUGUCAGAUUUCUUUAGACUAUGAAACAUUUUUCUUUUAAAUGUGUUUCUUUAUCUGGAAUUUUAUUAGUUCAUGAUCCCCAAAAUACUUCAAUAAGCAAUUAAAAAAAUGUAUGUAACAUACUUAUAUUUUAUGACCCAAUCUUUCUUUAUAUUCUUGAUAUUAUCAAGAAUAACAUACAAAAUAUAAUGCAGAUAUAGAGUAACAAAAAUGCCUCUUAAUUGUUACUAGUUGGACUCUUGUGAACAUUCCGCACUUAGUAAUCACUUGAAUCACUGUUUAAAAAGUAAAAAUCCCUGUAUACUGGGUUCCAACUCCAAAUGGCCAGACCCUGAACUGUGCAUUACAGCAUUGGAAAUCAGUAUUGUGCAUUGGUAAACAUUUUAAUAUUGGUAAGCCUUUAGAUUAAAUUUCACAGACAAUUAAAUAAUCACUUCAAUUUUAUCAUGGCAUAUUAUUUCUUGCUCUAUUUCAUUAAUUGAAUUUUGUAUUGAUUCAGAGUUACUUUUUGUAUCCGACUAGGAUACUGAGUAGGGUAGCUUAUCUCCAAAAGUAAAAUAUAAAGUUAAGAAAGGUGUCCUGUUGAAGAAUACUUAUUAAGAAAUACAACACGGGCCCUUCCCUACCCUAAUCCCUCCUGGCCUGGCAGUAUGGCUCCCCACAUAUCCUGUAACUGUUCUCUAAAACUCAUGUCCUCAGCGAACUCAGUUUUAAAACUUUGUUAAAUUAUGCUCAAUUAUUUAAGAAAAAAAUCAUAUGACAGUAUUGCAAAUUAAAUUAUGUUUUUUAUUCGUUUUAAAUUGUUCUUAUAAUUCAUUGGCGAGCUACCAGCUCCAAUGACUGGAAAUUUUCACUGGCAUACUAAUAGUUGCACUGCUCUGGCAAGUUUUGUUAUGCUUUUCCAAGUCCUUGAAUUUACUUUGACUCUAAAAUGCAUUAUUCCUGUAAAGAAAUAAUAAGAAUUUUUUUUCUGUACUUCUGUAUGAAUAAUAGAAUUCAGGACAUUCUGUGAUAUAAAACACACUCCUGGGUACAAGAAUAAUUCUUACUAGUGUCGUUUUCAACACUGAAGAAAUGAGUGUUUGAAUCAGAUUGUACCAAAAGUGCUGAAUUACUGGCAUGAAGCACGUUUUACACAUGAAGAUAUCGUAAGAGUGCUGGUUCAAUCUAAAGCUCUUUUGAUAUUCCUGCCACUUCUAAUUUAAUGAAGAAAAUAUGUCAUUUUAUGGAAGUUUUAAUUUGUAAUUUGAUAAAAGAUUUAAGGUGCAGAGUACUUUAUUUAGGUUACAUUUACCCACAUAAAAGGGUUAAUAGUGUGUGACUUUAUUAAAUUAUAUUUACGAAACAGAAGAUUUUAAGUUUGUAUUUAAUUAGAUAUUUAUUGGCACAAAGGGUUGAAAAAGGGCUGCAUAUUUUAAUUUGAAUAUAUUUAUGAUCCUAAAAGUUUGAGAACACUUUUUAGAAUAUUGAAGUAAAGCUUUAUAUUAAAGUCCAUGAUAUUACUAGAGGUAUCCAUAGUUUGUAUAUAAUUUUGUAAAUGUUCUGAUGUAUUUGUUGGUAUGCAAAUCAAAUGCACAUUGAAAUCUGGUUUCAGAAAAGUAAAAAAUUCUGUGGAUCCUUCUAGUUUGGUCAUGUAAGGAAUGUAGAUUUGUUCAAAUACAACAAAUGCAUUUGUAAGAUUAUAUUGUGAUACCCGACAAUUUAUUAAUAGAUGGUAAAAAUUCUUACUUGGCCAUCAAAGGUAAAGAAUAUGAAGUAGUAGUUUUAUAAACUUUCUCUGAGAAACUUAUGACUAUUCACAAAACAAGUGAAUUGAUUUUUUUUUUUUUUUUUUUUAAUUUUUUUUUUUUUUAUUGGUAUGUAUUUAUUAACGAGAUCCUACAAUUAAGUUUUAUAAUGUGCCCUAGUGAUUGAUCAGUAUUUUUGUAAUUGGCUUACAUAUUUAAGACAAUUUAUACUGGCUGAAAUGUAAUAAGUCAUGCUGUUUGUGUUUAAAUAUUAAGGCAAUACUAUAAUCAUAUGUAAGAUUAGAAUGAAAUGUAGUUACAGUGAAAAUAAUGGUUAGUCAAAUUAGUAAACCCACAGACUUUGUAGAUGAGCUUGUAAAUAUAAAUCUCACAUCUUGUCAUUGUCCUAAGUCUUUGUUGAAUUGUACUUGAGCUUUGUGGCAGUGUUGAUGCCAGUAUUAUGUGUUAUAGAGUGUUUUUGGAUCUGAGGAGUUUGAUAUGGAUUAGUAUGGUGUGUUGACUUAAAAAGGAAUACUUAAUUUUCUUUGUUUAUUGUUUAAGAAAUGUAGUGAUAUCUGGAAAGCCACAAAGCUGCAAUUCCUUGUUUCUGGUUAGUGAGAUAUUCUUAAUCUAUUUAUUUUUAAAUAUAUUAACACGUUUGGAAAUUGCUUAUGUGUAAUUUUUUACAAUUUUAGUUGACAUGGGACCAUCACGAGUUUUCUAAUUAUUGUGAUAACUAAUUGAAUAUUAAAAUGACAUUUCCUACAAUAUAUGAACAAUGAGAAUUCAGUCAUUUAAAGAUUAUAAACUCUGUGCAAUCUGCCUUUUAAUUUUUACUUUUCUUUCCUAAUUUGAUAGCUUUCAUAAACAUUGUUAGUUGAGUUUGAUUUUAUAGAGCAUUGUUUGUGAAAUAUUUAGAAAUGUUGUAUAUGAAAAUGGUUUUAUGAAUUACAGAUUGUAAGUUGUAGUGUAUUAUUUGAGUGAAUAGUAUAAUGGUUACAGUAAUUGCAUUCAUCUGCAGUUUUACAUACUCUGUGACUAUUGGUAUUCAGUAUUUCAAUUUUAUGUUAAUAUUCUAGAAACAUUUUACUUAUGUUAUUAUAAAUUGGCAUAUACAAAUGUGCAAUGUACUUAGUGUUAAGUGUGCUAGCAUGAAGAUCCUCUACAUACAACUUUGUGUAACUAAACCAAAAUGAGACAAUAUCCAGCUGUUGAAAUUCUUUGUAAAAUAUAAUAUUUUCUUUGGAGCUUGUCCAUCUUGCAAAAAUGUCAAUAUGUAUUUGGCAUGUAUUAUUUGUAUUUUAAAUGUUACCAUGAGCAAGUAUUUUACAGGGUUGGCUUUGUUUACAUUAGAUUAUAUUGAGCGUAAACCAUGGAAAGUAACUUCAAUAAAACGGAUGUUGAUUCUCAUUCUCACUUGAUAAGUUUGUCAGUCUUAUUGUUGUAUUUUGCCAUGUCAGCAUACUGUUUGAUUUUGAAACUAAAUAAAUUCAUGGGACAUUAUUGAUUUAUUUUCUAAAAAUUCUUCAAAUGCUACUUUAAUAUUUUUCACCAGAUACCCCCACACUUUUUUAUUAUUUUUUUUAUUUACUGCACAUAACAAGGGGCAAAAACAUUUGUUCUUUUUGUGCCAAUUGCGUUUAUACUCUGAUGUUGUUUCUAGAUUAUGUGUUGUUUAUAUUAUUUUCUUUUCGUGCAUGUGUGUUUGUUACAUCGGUAAAUUAAUGCUUGAUUGAGAAGUUUUUGAAUUACUAUCCACUUUACUUUUUCUUCUCUAAAAUGAAUGAUUUUGUUGGAUGAACUCCUUGUAAAUAGCAGCGAGUUUACAUCUCUAUGUUCUGACUGGAUUCUUCUUUUUCUGUGAUGUUAAAAUAUUUUUAUGCUAAUGCCUCUUAUUCAUAUUGUAAAGACAAUUAACCACAUUUGUGAAAUGCUUUUAUUGAAAUUGCUAAUAAUUAAUAUUAGCAAGAGAGACUUUUAUGAAAUUGGUGAAAUUUUAAAUUAAAAAACUGAUCUCAUUAUUUAUAUUUCUCUAAUUUUAUUCUUGGUUGAGUAGCAGAAGUGCCUUCAAUUUCACAACAAUGCUGCUGACUCUCCAUUUACGGUUGGUCAUAUGUAUAUAAAAUGAAUGAUUUACCAGUGUGUACAAAUGUAUAGUUUAAGUGUGUACAUUACUGAAAUGUAAUUAUUGUGAAUCACGUUGUUCGAGAUUAGUUGGAAAUCACAAAAAUAUUUUGUAGUCUUUGUUUCAGUUUGAAUAGUUGCAUGUGCAAUAAAAUAUUCAGUAUCUGAAAGAGAUUUUAGUAAUAAUCCUCACAGUUGGAGAAUGGACAACUUUUGUAAUAUAUGUCCACAACCUUAAAAUUUGAAACUCUCAUGUCAAUAGUUCUCACUGUUUAGAUAAUUAUAUAUUGGUAACAAAUAUUAAAAUUAAUAUAGUGGUACUAAAUUGAAUGUAAUUCAAUAAGGUUAAGGGGGGAGUAAAUAGAUAAAUUGUAAAUUGAGCGAAGGGAGAAUUACUUCAAGUUGUGUUUCUAGGAAUAUGCUUAAAAAGAACAACACAUUAUUGACUGACUUAUUGUUGAUAUAUUUUUGCCACAUAAUUGCUGAAAUUGGAUAAAAGGGAAAUAUUCUUUCAGACUUGCAGAAUAACAUACGAGAAAAUUGAGUUUACAGCAGGUACUAAAAAAUGUACAUGAAGGCAAUCUAAAAUCCAUCAGUGAGGACUUAUUACUAAAAUAUUUGGUAGGUGUAGGUGUUCAAGAUGUACCUAGGAUCAUGUUCUGUGGUGUUUGUGUGGGACUGAAAUUAUAGAAAUGAUCCAAAACUAUGGAUUGAGUGCAUAAAUUAUCAUAUAUUUUACUGAAAAAUCAAUGAUCUUUUUAGUUCCCUUCUUGUACUGUUACCUGUUUUAUGUCCUGUGAAUUGUUUCUCUGAACUCUGUGUUUUAUUAAUGUACUGUACAUUGUGCCUGUCAUGAUGUUGGAGAGGUUACAAUAAAUUGGCAAAAGUACAA